GCCAAACAUCGUGAACUCUCCACAGUGCGAACAUUGUAAUUUUCUGUAAAUUUGUUCCAUAUUUUUAUUUCUUACCUCGUAAAUUUAUCGCCAAACGCCUCGGAUCCGCCUGAAUUACGAGAUCCGCGAAAAAAAAGUGCCGAAAAUUGUAGAAAAGUAGACUUUUGUGUCGAAGACGAAAGAAAGGAAGACGGAAAAAGGAGCAAAAAAUAUUAUAAAAAAAUGAGUGCUCGUCCCGCAACCGAUAGCAAUAAAGAAACAGACAUCCCGGAAAGGCUCUUCGAUGCCAAUUCCAACACAACUUACGAGCGGAAAAGGUUCUUUGGAAAGGGCGGCUUCGCAAAAUGCUACGAAAUCGUCGAUGUCGCAUCCGGGCAAGUGUAUGCCGGCAAAAUUGUCUCGAAAAAGCUCAUGAUCAAGCACAAUCAAAAGGAAAAGAUGACCCAAGAGAUCCAAAUUCACAAAUCUCUGAACCACAAAAACAUCGUCGGCUUCCACAGUUUCUUCGACGACCCGUACAACGUCUAUAUCGUGCUCGAACUCUGCAAGAAACGCUCGAUGAUGGAGUUGCACAAACGUCGAAAGGUCAUCACGGACUACGAGUGUCGCUAUUACAUGUACCAAGUCAUCAACGGCGUCAAAUAUUUGCAUGACAAGCACAUCAUUCAUCGCGACUUGAAACUCGGCAAUUUGUUCCUCAAUGACGAGCUUCACGUGAAAAUCGGAGAUUUUGGCUUGGCAACGCGCAUCGAGUUCGAAGGCGAACGCAAAAAGACUUUGUGUGGCACACCGAACUACAUUGCGCCCGAAAUCUUGCUGAAAAAGGGACAUUCGUACGAAGUCGAUAUUUGGUCAAUUGGGUGUGUCAUGUACACGUUGCUGGUUGGAACGCCGCCAUUUGAAACGAAAAGUCUCAAAGAUACCUACAGCAAGAUCAGGAAAUGUGAUUAUCGGAUGCCAACGAAUUUACGCAAGACUGCAGCGGAUAUGAUUAUUGCAAUGUUACAAUCGGAUCCGAAUAAGCGCCCGGCAAUUGGGAAACUCCUGAACUAUGAUUACUUGAAAACUGGCGGAUAUAUUCCGAAUAGUUUGCCUGCGUCGUGUCUCACGAUGGCGCCGCGUGCGGAUCAAUUGGAUGCGGGACGCAAACCGUUGAUUGAGAUGAAUGGCAUGCAACCGAUGGAUGAGUCGCGUUACGAGUCGUCCUUCUUGAAGAAUAAUUUGCAUGAUGCCAUAACAGCGUCGGGACAAGUUGCACGAUCAUCGGAUCAAUAUAGAACGGAUGUCGAGAAUUUGUAUGCGCAAUUGUCCAAAUUGAUUGCAGCGAAGCCUGCUCGUCUCGCACAAAACUUGGGCGACGAUUACACAGAUCCGGCGCAACAACCUCUCUUCUGGAUCUCAAAAUGGGUAGAUUACAGCGACAAAUACGGCUUUGGCUACCAAUUGUGUGAUGAGGGCAUGGGAGUAAUGUUCAAUGAUACCACAAAAUUAAUCAUGCUUGCCAAUGGACUCAACGUUCACUUCAUCGAUCGCGACGGCAACGAACAAUACAUGACAGUCGACCAAUACCCAACCUCGAUGGAGAAAAAGAUGAAACUCUUGUCGUAUUUCAAGCGUUACAUGACGGAGCAUCUCGUAAAAGCGGGCGCCGGCAACGUUCAGUGCGAAAGUGACUCGAUUUCGCGUAUUCCGCAUUUGCACACGUGGUUCCGCACAAUGUGCGCCGUCGUCAUGCAUCUGACCAAUGGCACGGUUCAACUCAAUUUCUCCGAUCACAUGAAGAUUAUCUUGUGCCCGCUCAUGAAUGCCGUCACCUACAUGGAUAGCGAAAAGAAUUUCCGUACCUACAGAUUCCAAACGAUCAUGCAGCACGGAUGCAGUAGCGAUUUGUAUCAGAAAAUCCGUUAUGCUCACGAGAAGAUCAAAAAGUUGAUAGAGAGACUGGAUCGCUCGGAUUGAGACGCAGCGGCGGCGGCGGCAUGAAAGGGACAGACAACACGUUCAAUUUUUAUUAAUUUAUUAGGAUAGCGUUGCCACAAACACACACUUACACUCAACAAUCAGUAUGAAUAUUAAUCAAUAAAUUUUUAAUUAAACGAAUUUAAUUCUCGGAAUCAUUCGUUCGGUCAACAUUUAUAGCGAAAACUGUCAUCGUCAUCAUGUAAAUGUUAAUUUUUUCCAUUUCUGUACAUUUUUUACUAUAAUAAAUUCUUAAAUUUA